AAAAUCAGCUCCAAGUGAUUUACAUUUUGGAAAGUAUUCUCACACAUAGUAGAGAGGCACAUGUGAUUUAUCCAAUUUAAGAACAAAUGACUUGUAACUAUGUUCUGGCCCGCGGCUGAAUCUAGUAGAUGAUCCCUGCUGUAUAUUUUGUUUGAUGCUCUAUUAAUGUUCCUGAGGUGUGUUUGUGUGAUUGUGAUGAUGUAACUGUUGUUUCGUCAGUAUCUUCAGGAUGUUCUCAGCAGACAGGAAACGAGUAGAGACAGCUCUGGAGAACUGCAACCUCCCUUCUGGGCGGAGUGAUUGUAUCCCACAAGAAGACUUCACUCCAGAGCUCUACAAAGUAUUCCUCACCAACAUCUGUCCUCGACCAGAAAUAGACAAUAUCUUCUCUGAAAUUGGAGCUAAAAGCAAACCCUACCUGACAGUGGAGCAGCUGACUGACUUUAUAAACGUCCGACAGAGAGACCCUCGUCUCAACGAGAUCCUCUACCCUCCUCUCAAACCUGAACAGGUUCAGAGCCUGCUGGACAAGUAUGAACUCAAUGAAAUGCUGGCGCAGAAAG